ACAGCACCUAGAAACAGUCGUGCUGAAAACGCAGUUCAGUCGGCGGUUGACAUGUUGAAAUAGGAUCCCUUUGACUUUGCAUUUAACGAUCUAUUGACACCCCGGUUUAAGAAAUGGGCGCUUGUGGUAUCACCUCAUCGAAGACGGCCUUGGUCUUCCUUAACCUGAUCUUUUGGGCGGCUGCUGGGGUUCUGUGCUAUGCUGGAGCGUAUGUCUUCAUAACAUAUGAUGACUAUGAUCACUUCUUCGAAGACGUGUAUACCCUUAUCCCGGCUGCGGUUAUCAUUGGCGUCGGGGCACUUCUGUUCAUCAUUGGCCUCAUCGGAUGCUACUCCACAGUCCGGGAGAGUCCCUGUGGACUGGCAUCUUUUGUCUUCAUCCUGUUGCUGGUGUUCAUGAUAGAAGUGGCCGUUGUGGUUCUUGGAUAUGUUUACAGAGCAAAGGUUGAAGAACGUGUGAACAGUUCAAUCCAGGGUGUGUACGAUGAAUACAAUGGAACCAACAGUGAUGCUGCUAGCCGUGCUAUCGACUACGUGCAGAGACAGCUCAAGUGUUGUGGGAUCCACAACUACUCUGAUUGGACACACACUCCGUGGUUUGAGGGUUCCAAGAAUAACAGUGUACCGAUCAGCUGCUGCAGACCGGAUCUUGAAACCUGCACAGGGUCCCUGACCCGCACCGAGGACCUGUUCCAAGAGGGCUGUGAAGCUCUGGUUGUGAAGAAGCUGAAAGAGAUCAUGAUGUAUGUCAUCCUGGCAGCAGUGACGUUUGCUACAAUUCAGAUGCUGGGCAUUCUGUGUGCUUGUGCCGUUCUGUGUCAAAGAAGGCCUGCAUCGAACUAUGACCGUCUCAUCACCGGAGAAACAUAUGGGUGAAGAAGUUGUACAUACACUUACAAACACACUCCUUUUAACAUGCAAAUAGAGUUGGUUUCUGUCUAGAAUUGUAUUCUCCAACAACCAAAGGGGAGAACCAUUCUUUUUUUUUGGCCUCUUAAAGUGUAAAGUGUGGAUCAUUCAGUCUCACUGACGGUGAGUGAGGUGUUAAUUUCUAGGUAAGACUAGUCUUAACUAAUCAUUUAGUUUGAACAAAUUAUUUUGAAAUUGUGGUUUCCGUUGUUGCUUCAACAUGUCUCAAAGAACACUAUUGUAUCAAUAUAUCUCCAUAGAGGGCAUACAAGUAUAGUAUUUUGUCCAUAUAGUUUGUUUCAUCAGCCUUCCAAUAAAAGCUGUAGAAUUUAAUUUCCUGACUUGUAGCGUUUGAAAACACAAGAAUGUAAAUAAAAUGUAGGAAAGUCUCUGUGUGUAAAACGCUUACCAGCAACACAACCACACUUCACAAUGGUAACCAUUGAACGCUCAACGUGUGUGCGUGUGUCUGUGUGUGCGUGUUCAUGUGCAACUCUCUGCCUGUCUUGAUGGACUCAUCAAUGGGGAACCCCUUAGGAAAGCCUCAAACUGAUUUUAUUUGUACGCCAUACAUAUUGUUAACAGAGAUACAUUUUGGCACAAUGACAAAACCAAGCUUUGCGCUCAAAAAGAUAAUAUUAGACGGUUAAAACCCGACUUGCCAUGAUAUGGUCAUUGUCAACAACAUACAUCAGCAGACCUGCAAGAGGAUACAGCAAUGUAAAGCAUAAUAAUACCAAUAUCUAUAACACAAAUAAAUAACUUUUUCUUAUACUUGGAUAACCAGAACGCACAGAUAAAGCAGACACAUCAUGAUAAUAUUGAGUCAGUAAAGAUUAAAAAAGGGAAAGCAUAUUUAAAGCACACACACCACAACAUUGUGAAAUGUAACGUUUCCUUUUUCCAAUAAAAAGUCGAUAACGGCCUCACUUCCCCUUCAGAGACCAUGGCCCUUCGUGAAUAAAGCAAGUUGAGUUGACCUCAUUCCUGGGUGAGAUAAGACCCUGGAACCAGUCCAGAGCGGCCGUUCCUCUCCGCUGUCCACCAGCCGUCGUCGCCCUGUUCGAUCACCACCACCACAUCCCCGGCCGCCAUCGACAGCUCGUCUUCCCCCUGAGUAAAGAACACAGACCAAUAUUUGAACGGUCGGCUCCAGGCCCAUCUAGGAUGUGUGGGUUUUGCCGCCGGGAGCGUGGAGCCAGGCUCACCUGAGCCACGUAGUCGUACAGAGCCUUGAACUGCUCGCUGAACUCUCCGCUCAACUCCCCGCUCAACUCUGCGCUCGUCGGCUCUUUUGGAAAUCCUGGAAUCGAGGCAUAUACACCUUCUGCAUCUUCUGAAGAUAUUCAGAAUGAGACGUUGGUUAGCUUGAGGAACAUGGGUGCUCGCUAAAAACGUUUGAAUACAAUCAGAAUGACCUCACUAGCUACGACAUGAUAAUACUCCAUCUUAUUAAGAUGGAGAUGUACACCAGUGGCCUACUUCUAGUGGUUUCCAAUGACUUUACACAUACCUUUAGACUGCGUCACUGGCUCAAUGCCGUUUGUUUUCGGGGAACACAGAGCGCUCCCUUGCAGUAGAGUUGUGAACCUAGAAAUUACAAAAAGGAACGAGUAAGACAUUUUAAAGGUCCCAUGACAUGCUAUUUUAUGUAUUCUUUAAUAUAGGUAUUAGUGGGCAACUAACACAGUAUUCAAAGACUUACAGCCACUCCGAGCCAGUCGCACAUUGAGCUUCCCCCAAAUACGCUGUUUUGGUGU